AUGAAAAGUAAAGUGAAGGUUACGAAGUUUGAUGCCAAUGAGGGAUCGGAUUUUGAAGAUGCUCAACUUGUGGUUAUUAGGAAAAAGAGGAUGCAUCAUAUUUCAUUCAAAGAUGAAGAUGAAAAACGUGUGAAGAAAGUAAGUAAAAAAGAAGUUGUACAAAAGAGGCGAAAGAAUAAUGAAGGAAAUGUAGGGAAAGCAAGAAAAUUACCUAAAGUUGUAGAUUCUAAUGCAGAAGAACCAAGGAGAAUACAAGUACGAACAUCACCAAAUGUGUUGUACAGUUGUAUGCAUAAACUUAGCGAGGAACAGAAAUCAUAUAUUUCUUCUAUUGGUCUGGGGCAUUUGCUAAAUAUGAAAGUGGAAGGGUGUACAUCGAUUAUUGGGCACUAUAUGGUAAGGAAUUUUGAUGUAAACAGAAUGGUACUUAGGCUUCCUCGUGGUGAUAUACCAAUAAAUCGGGAGGUAAUUCACGAAUUGUUGGGUCUUCCUUUAGGGAAUGUUGCUAUAAAGUCGAUGGCAUAUACACAGGUUACAGACGACACGAUCACUGUUUGGAAGAAACAAUUCGAUGAUGAAGAUAAUAUUAAACCAAGGGCAGUUCAACAGAUUAUUAUACAAACAACACAUGCAAACUUACUUUAUAAAAAUGUUGAUAAACGGUGUGAGCGAGAAAGAGUUGAGUUUAGGACCAUAGGUUUGGGUAUGGGUGAAAUGCAAGAACCAUUUCCAGUCAUCAAUGAAUCAGCUGCUACUGGUAAUAUAGUUCAUGAAACAAUUCAGGCUAAUGAAGCAGGAAAACGUAUAAAUUUAAGUGAUGGAAGCUUUAAGGGAAAUGAACCAAAAGAAGAUUUCAAUGGAUGUGGUAACACGAUUGAGGAAUCAGUUCAAUCUCAAUGGUGGUAUGAUAACAAGGCAGAAAUUGAACGUUCACUAAUUCUUGCAACAUCUCGUAAACAAUUUAACAACUCACCGAUACCAAACUAUAGUAUUCAAAUGUCAAAGGAUUAUGCAGACAUCGUGAAUGGAUCUGCAAGAAAAUCUUUUGAUAGUACACCACCAUCUAAAAUGUAA